AUGGCGGAAUCGCCACCACUUACCGUGCUAGAUACCGAUUCAAAAGCGCUACUUCACAAAAUGGACCGUCGGCUCAAUGAUAUUGACGUGAAAUUGAAUAUUGUCCUCGAACUAUUGGCAACGACGCAGCAUUAUCAAAGAGUUCCCAGCAUACUCACCCAAAGGGUUCCGCCUGAGACUCCUUCGCACAACUGGGCUUCAGUGGUUGGAAACGGCUCGCCUGAUAGAAACAGUUCACCCAAGAUGGAUUAUAAGGAGGAGUCGGAUGGAGAACACUACGCUGAUGGCCAUAAUGAGAACGAUGGCGAAGAGGAUAUCGCUGAGAGGAGCCAACAAAAUGGAAUCGUUCCUGAAGAGAUUAGCGAGAAACCGUCUGGUGCAGGUGGACCUUUCCCGGAGGGUGCUGUGAGAAGGGCAGCUGAGAAGGCUGCAAGGAGCUUCCAAAGCACCCAACCAAAGGUGACACCAAAAGAUAUUGAUAUUGAAACACUUUGUUUUUAUAGUAGCUUACGCUUUUGGAGCUUUAUCUGGUUGUAA